UCUCUCAUUUCAUCUUACAUAUAUAAUUUAUUAUAUUUAGAGGUUUCCAUUCAUUCAACCCUAAUCCCCAAAAUCCUCCGCCCUAAUCAUCUCUGUACAAUUGGAUCCAAUCCAAUGGCCGAUGCUGUUGCGCCCCCGGUUUGCAUAAACGACACAUUGACGGACGACGAGUUGAGAUCGAUACUGUCAAGGCUGGAAAGUGAUAAGGACAAGGAAGUGUUUGGUCUGGUCUGCAAGAGAUGGCUGCAUCUGCAGAGUACCGAGAGGAAGAAGCUCUCCGCUCGUGCGGGAUCGCACAUGCUCAGCAGGAUGGCUGCCAGGUUCACACGCGUGCUGGAGUUGGACCUCUCUCAGUCCGUUUCCAGGUCUUUCUAUCCUGGGGUUACUGACUCUGAUCUUGCCGUUAUCGCUGAAGGUUUCAAGUGCUUGAAGGUCCUCAAGUUGCAAAAUUGUAAAGCUAUUACAGAUAGAGGAUUGGCUUUGAUUGGUGGGGGUCUUCCUUCCCUACAAUCUUUGGAUGCAUCAUAUUGCCGAAAGUUGACAGACAAGGGAUUGUCAGCUGUUGCUGACGGUUGCCAUGACCUGAGGAGCCUGCAUCUUGCAGGCUGCAGAUUUGUCACUGAUGGAUUGUUGUUUUCUCUCUCUAGGAAUUGUAAGAAUCUAGUGGAGUUAGGCUUGCAGGGAUGCACCAACAUAAGUGACUCUGGACUAGCAGAUCUUGUAAAUGGUUGUCAACACAUUAGGUUUUUAGACAUUAAUAAGUGCAGCAGUGUUGGAGAUGUUGGGAUUUCCAAGGUUGCUGAGGUUUGUUCAUCUUCUCUGAAGACACUGAAGUUGUUGGACUGUUAUAAAGUUGGGGAUGAGUCAAUAUUCUCCGUAUCUAAAUUCUGCAAAAAUCUUGAAACUCUUAUAAUCGGUGGUUGCCGGGAUGUGUCUGAUGAGUCUAUAAAGUCAUUAGCUGCUGCAUGUAAAAAUAGUCUUAAGAAUUUGCGGAUGGAUUGGUGCUUAAACAUUUCUGACUCUUCGUUGAGCUGCAUUCUUACACAGUGCAAGAACUUAGAGGCGCUCGAUAUUGGAUGCUGCGAGGAGGUUACAGAUGCUGCUUUUGAGGAUUUAAGAAAUGGGGAAAUUGAGUUCAGCUUGAAGGUUUUGAAAAUCAGUAACUGUCCAAAGAUUACUGUUUCAGGAAUCAAUAUGCUUUUGAAUCAAUGCAAUUCUUUGGAAUACCUUGAUGUGAGGUCCUGCCCUCAUGUAACUAAGGCAGGUUGUGAUGAAGCCGGAUUAGUUUUCCCCGAGUAUUGUAAAGUGAACUUCACCGGUAGCUUAAGUGAGCCAGAUGUUCUUGUUUAAGAUCUUGACAAUUUGAACCAGUUAGUACCGAUGGAAGAUACUGUCCCAAAUUUACAACCGACCAGGUUUCAAAGCCAAUGGGAGGGAGUGCCAUAGCGACGGCUUUAAGCAAAUUUCAUUCCGAGUUCUUGUACAUGUUAUGCAUAGAGGUUGGAUCGAGCAAUGCUUGUGUUGUUUUAUCUGUUUAUUAUUUUGCUCGGAUGUAUAUGUGUAUUUUGCAUGUAUAUUACUCCUUUCAUGACUUUGUGGAAUGAGGUAAUUUGUUCCUACAUCACCAUUGAUUUGUAUCUGGCCAUGACAAUAAAAGUUGUGUAGCAUCUAUAAAUUUUCUCCAA